UAUUCAUACGACUAACAAUAUACUAAAAAUUUUGUGUUCAAUUAAUUAAAAAUGAUCAUAGAAAUAUACUAUUUUAAUUUCUUUAUAAUUUGGACAAUUCAAUUCGAUACAGAUAGCUAUAGAACAGCGAAUGAAAUUGAUUAUGCUGCAUAUUUAUGUGAAAUAGUAAAUUAUAUUCUAUUUCAAGACGAAAACACUUCUAUACAACACUUAACAGAUGGUUUAACGGAAAAUUCGGAUUACACUCAAGACUUAGGCCUAGAAAUAAAUAAUGAAAAUUUCACUAGAAUAUUUAAUGCCAUUAUUGAGUUACUUAACUGUAGGUAUACAAUUAUUCUAGAAAUUUUCCAUGAAAAUAUUGGUUUAAUAAUCCAAUAUUGUGAUAGAUAUUAUUCAAAUAAACAAUUUUAUGAUUUUAUUGAUUGUAAUAUUACACUUAAUGACGCAAUUGAUGAUUCAAGAACUCUAUUUGAAACUCUGUAUAAAAUCGUGAAUUUCUUUAAUAAUUUAAAUAUAAAUUACGUAUAUAAAAACUAUAAAAGAAAAAAAAUCAUUAUUGAUGAACUAUCCUUUAUUAAUGAGUACAUUCAAUCGAAAAGAAAAUUAAGUAUACUCCAGUAUAUCGAUCAAAAGGGAAAUCCUAAAGUUGAGAUAGCUAAUAAGGAUACUGAAAAUAUUAAAAGUUUUCAUGAUGUUUUAUCAACAAAAAUUUCAUUUACUACUAUUAAAAACAAUAAGUAUAAUACUUGGCAAAAUAAAUUAGAGAAUGAUGAUGCAAUAGAACAUGAGAAAUAUUCAAUUUUGCGUUUAGGUUUCAUCCACGUAUAUAAUAAACUAAAGUUAUUUUAUGAUGAAGCAUUCAAACUCGAGUAUAUCAAUCUUGGUUUUCACAUCUUAUUACAUCCCACAACGCCAAGACUCAUAUCACCAAUACAUGAUGACUCAUCUGAAGAUCUCGGAAUCUGUGUUAUAAAUACACUAUUUAACGAAGUUAAGUGGCAAUCGUUAGUUGAUACGAAAAUUCAAGUGAAUCAUCGAAUUAAAGAUUUAAAUGAAAUACAGCAUGAUGAGGACAAUGUAAUCAAUUUCUUUAAAAUGAAACAAGAAGUUGCUCACAUUUUGAAGUGCAGGUAUAGCGCAUUAUUAAAAACCAUUGCUGUCUCAUUAGCAGCUAUACAACACUUAUGCCAGUAUGAAGUGAAUAAUUUAAAUCAGAAUAAUUUGAUUACUUGUUUAAACGUAUUACGAGACACAAUACCAUCUGUUACAACUAUGUUAAAUUCUUUAUUCGCAAUUUUUGCCUUGUUAAAAAAAGCAUCCAUUGGGGAUUAUAAAAUAGCAUCUCCAUCAUGUUUAAAAAAAGUUGUAGACAUUGCAUCAGAAUGUAAUUAUAUUUUUUUGAAAGCCCAAAAUACUUCUCUAAUAGAUGAGAUUAAUGCAUUAAAUGGAAUAACAUUUUUGGAAAAUAUUCGAAAAGAUCAACUUUGUAUAACCCAAUUAUUUUCAGAUACCAAAAUCAAUCAAUUUCUUAAAAACAAUUGUGUUUUUGACAAACCAAUGUUAAAUAAAUUUGAAUUGAUAAAAUAUUAUGGAAUUCAUCAUGAUUUAGCAUAUCAUAAAAUAAGCUCACAUUUAAAGCAAUUUUGUAUAGAUUUUGUUAAAACUGACUACGAUUUAUUUUUUAGUAAAUUAAUAAAGCAAUAUAUUCUUUAAUAAAAUAAAACAAUGCAUCAUUUUAUAUUUUAAAAAUUCCCGAAAAAAUAUGAUUCUAAUUAGCUUUAUAAAUAUUUUUUAAUUAUUUUAAAUUCCUAUAAAUUGUAAAAUUUCCAGUAAAAUUAUGAAAUAUUAUACGA